AUGUCCCGCAAGAUCCAACUCGUGCGCAUCGCCCACGUCUACUACAAACACAAAAACAUCGACGCCGCGCGCGCCUUCUACGACGAUUUCGGCUUCUACGAGACGGCGCGCGUCGGCAAGCGCACGUACUACCGCGGCUACGGCACCGAGCCGGUGGUGCUCUGCGCGGAGGAGGCGGAGGAGGACGAGUUCGGGGGUCCGGCGUUCGUCGUCGAGUCGCUCGACGACCUCGAGCACGCGGCCAAGACGCUGCCCGGCGCGAGCGAGAUCUACGAGCUAGGGGAGGUGCAGGGCGGCGGCAAGUGCGUGACGUUCAAGGACCCGGUGGACGGGUGGCCGUUCCAUUUGGUGUAUGGGCAGACCGCGGUGGAGAGGAGAGAUCCUGGAUUUCCAAAUUUGAAGUUCAACUUUCCGACGGAGAAGCAUCGCGAGGUCAACCACAAGCAGCGCUUCACGAAACGGCCCGCGCCGGUGCACAAGUUGGGCCACUUUGGCGUGUGCCUGACCAACUUUGACAAGGCGUACGAGUUCUACACGAGCAACUUCAACUUCUACCCCAGCGAGCUCGUACACGCGCCUGACAACAAGGACAAGAAGGUCACCGUCUUCUUCCGCCUCGGCCGCGGCAAGGAAUACGUCGAUCACCACUGCUUCUUCUUCUUCGAGGGCCCCAAGUUCCACGUGCACCACUCGUCGUUCGAGACGCACGACUUUGACGCGCAGGUGCUGGGCCACGACUGGCUGCGGCACCAGGGGUACAAGAACUGCUGGGGCGUGGGGAGGCACAUCAUGGGCAGCCAGAUCUUUGACUACUGGUGA